ACUUCGCUCACCACACAACCAGCCACACUAGCACUGAGCUAGCUGGAGCUAGCUACCAGCCAAGAUGGCGACCAAGCGUCUGGCGCUUGCCAUCCUCGUCCUCCUUAGCGUAGGCAUGGUGGCCACUGCUGCUGGAACCCGCAAGCUGGGUUAUGGCCCUGGAGGAGGAGGAGGAGGAGGCGGAGGCGGUAGCGGUGGAGGUGGAGGUAGUGGCUAUGGGGGAUCAGGCUAUGGGUCCGGGUCAGGGUACGGCGAGGGCGGUGGAAGCGGGGGUGCCGCCGGUGGGUAUGGACAUGGUGGUGGUGGUGGAGGCGGUGGUGGUGAGGGCGGUGGUGCUGGCGGCUCUGGGCAUGGGUCUGGCCAAGGCUCUGGCUAUGGGUCUGGCAGUGGUGGUGCCGGUGGGUAUGGAAGUGGUGGAGGCGGUGGAGGUGGUGGUGGCCAAGGUGGUGGUUCAGGCUAUGGUCAUGGAGGUGGCGAGGGCUAUGGCUCCGGCUCCGGCUACGGAGGUGAUGCUAGCGGUGGUGGCGGUGGCGGUGGACAUGGUGGUGGCGGCGGUGGUGGUCAAGGUGGGUCGGGUUAUGGCUCCGGCUCCGGGUACGGAUCAGGUGAAGGCUAUGGGCAGGGUGGAGCUCAUGGAGGAGGCUAUGGCAGUGGUGGUGGCGGCGGUGGUGGCGGUGGGCAAGGCUCUGGCUCCGGCUAUGGUUCCGGCUCUGGCUCUGGGCAUGGCUCUGGUGGUGGACACUACUAAGCUCAGCUUCAGAAGCUACAGAGUCAUAUAUAGCUACAAAUGUAUCAUCAGUGAUGCGUUUGUCUCACUGUUUACAGAAAAAAGCUUUAUUUGAGUGUGUGUAACACUAAAAGCCUGUUUGACAGUAUACAUGUAAUGCUGUACCUAGCUUGCCGCUUUAUCUAAUUGGCAAGGGCUAAGGAAUAAAUAAACCAAUCUUUUGGCUUGGAAUUAUACUAUGAAAA